GCAGCAGGCAAAGAAUGGCAGCCAAAACUCUUGGGAGAAGCUAUAUCCUUCACAUGCUUAUUUUUAUUUAUUUUUUUUGUUAAUAGACUUCAAUGAAGGAGUUGAGCCGAGUGGAGCGAUUGAGCAAGAACGCAGAGACUAAAGAAAUGGAAAAAAUCACUCAUCUUGAAGCCCUGCUGUUUGCUGCUGUGCUGGAGAACUGUGUUGAUCAGCUCUCAAUUCUUGGAUAUAUGAUGGGAGUCCCAGCUGAGGGCAGAGCAGAUACCAGCCAUGCUGAUGGACAGGAAAUGAAGGAAAUCACAGUGACCCAGAAGGCGAUGGACACUGAAGAGCAAGAGCUCGUGUCACCAAGGCAAGGGAGUGGGGAACCAGUCACUACCAAGUCUCCUAACAGCACUGAACUCAAGCAGCAGCUGCAGAAAAGUGGGGAUCUAGACAGUUCCUAUCAUCUUUUCAUGAAACACAGAGUCAUGUCUGCAGAUAACCUCAGAAAAAUUCAGGCUGACAGGCAGUAUGUGAGUGAUGUCAUUACAAGCACUAUGAUAAUGAUGCAGGAAUUGGGAUCAUUUAGUAGCUUACCAGAAGCAAUUGAGAGAGAGAAAGAAAAGAGGAGAAAGCUGCAUGACAUCCUCAUCAGGGAAGAGGAAGGAAAGAAGGAGAUAAAGUCAYUCCAGCAACAGCUGCAAGAGGUCAAGAAAGAAACAGAAAUGGAACUUCAGGAACGAGAUAACGUAAUUGCCUUCCUCAGUGACCAGCUCCAAGAAAUGAAGGCCAAAACAGACAUGGAGAGCAGCUAYGUGAGGAAAAACACAGAGCUGCAGGUGCAGCAAACCCGCAAGAAGUGCAGCAAUGCAGAGAGGGACCUGGACAAGGAGACUGCGAAGCUGAGGAGCAGAACUGACGAGGAGAUCCGAGUGCACGAGGAGAUGGAGAAUUUCCUCAGGCAACAGCAGAUGAAGGUGGAGGAGAAGCUGGAAUACUGGAUGGACAAGUAUGAAAAGGACACAGAAGCUAAAGAGCAAGAACUGAACGCCCUGAAAGAAUCGAAGGCGAGCAACUUGGAAACGCUGCAGAGACUGGCUAGCGAGUGCCAGAUGUUCGAGGAGGUCAUCAUCAGCGACCGCGUGGAGAAGGAGGCUGCCAGGAGGCAGCAGGAGCAGGACGCGCUGGAGCUGAAGAGCAUCCUGAAGCUGCAGGCCUGGUGGAGGGGCACGAUGGUCCGCAGAAACCUGGGCUGCUACAAGGACCUCAAGGAGACUCUCGAGAAGCAGCUGCCAGAGAAAGGCAAAGGGAAAAAGGACAAAUACAAAAUAAAGAAGAAGAAGCGAUGAACAAUGAAAGCUGGCACCGGGGCUGCUCCAAGGCUGUGGCCCGUGUGUCCUACGGGUCAAAAUAAAGCACAAAGCAGAGCUUGGGCUCUUCGAGGAACUCCGAUUGUGAGGAUGCUGUUAAGGGGAAGCUUCAGCAA